UGGGGGUUGCGGUGUCGCGCGGAGAUUUCCUCCGGCGCGUUCGUGUGCGAAUACGCGGGGGAGGUGCUCACGGAAUCCGAAGCCGCCGCGCGGUGCGUGAACAGCGGCGACGACGACUACAUCUUCUCUCUCGACCACUUCGACGUCGCGUACCAGAAGCCGAAGGACGAAGACCUCAACUUAGGCGUCGACGCGCGCGUGACCGGCGGCGUCGCGAGGUUUAUCAACCACCACUCGGAGCCGAAUCUCAUCAUCCAGAGCGUGUUCACUCCCGGCGCGGAAGGGUGCAGAGCGAACAACCAGCGGUUGUACCGCAUUUGUUUGUUCGCGGGGCGAGACAUCGGCGCGAUGGAGGAGCUGACGUACGACUACGGC